GAGAGAGAGAGAGAGAGAGAGAGAGAGAGAGGAAGAAGAAAGAGAGAGGGAGAGGCUAACUGGGGCAAACCCUAUACCUGAGCAGGAGUUUUUAAUUUGAUUUGCUGAAGGAUAAUCUUCAAAGAAACAUAACACAUUAACAAUGGGCUCCAUGAAUUCAAACAACUGGCUGUCUUUUCCUCUUUCUCCCACUCAUUCUUCUUUGCCUCCCCACUUACAUACUUCUCACCCUCAACAGUUUUCUUUAGGGUUAGUCACUGAAACUAUGGAUAACCCAUUUCAAAACCAAGAAUGGAGUCUUGUCAACACCCAAGGCAGCAGUGAAGUUCCAAAAGUUGCAGACUUUCUUGGUGUGAGCAAAUCCGAGAAUCAAUCAGAUCUUGUUGCCUUCAAUGGACUUCAGGCUAAUGAUUCUGAUUACAUGUUUCAAAGCAAUAGUCUUUUGCCAGUGCAUAACGCUGUGGUAGCUGCCUCUACCAACUAUGAGUUUCAAGAAAAUGCCAACAAUUUACAGUCAUUAACAUUAUCUAUGGGUAGUGCUAGCGGCAAGGCUUCUACAUGUGAAACUAGCGGCGAUAAUAGCACUAACACCGUUGAAGCGACCGCCCCAAGAAGGACUUUAGAUACAUUUGGGCAAAGAACUUCAAUAUAUCGCGGUGUCACAAGACAUCGAUGGACAGGAAGGUAUGAAGCUCAUUUGUGGGAUAAUAGCUGUAGGAGAGAAGGACAAUCUAGGAAAGGACGACAAGUCUAUUUAGGUGGUUAUGACAAAGAAGAAAAGGCUGCAAGGGCAUAUGAUCUUGCUGCAUUAAAGUACUGGGGUACAUCUACUACCACCAAUUUUCCCAUCAGUAACUAUGAGAAGGAACUAGAGGAGAUGAAGCACAUGACCAGACAGGAGUUUGUGGCCUCUAUUAGAAGGAAGAGUAGUGGCUUCUCCAGGGGUGCAUCCAUGUAUAGAGGAGUUACAAGGCAUCACCAGCAUGGAAGAUGGCAAGCAAGGAUCGGUAGAGUUGCAGGAAACAAGGAUCUUUAUUUGGGAACUUUUAGCACUGAGGAGGAGGCUGCCGAAGCUUAUGACAUAGCAGCGAUUAAGUUUAGGGGGCUAAACGCAGUGACUAAUUUUGACAUGAGCCGGUAUGAUGUUAAAAGCAUUCUUGAAAGCAACACUUUACCGAUUGGCGGAGGAGCAGCGAAGCGACUGAAGGAGGCACAGGCAAUUGAAUCAUCAAGAAAAAGAGAGGAAAUGAUAGCUCUUGGUUCAAGUUUUCAAUAUGGAAGCUCUAGCUCUAAUAACAGACUGCAAGCUUACUCUUUAAUGCAAUCACCUUUUGAGCAACCUCAACCAUUACUAACCCUACAAAAUCAAGACAUUUCUCAAUAUACACAAGACACAGCCUCAUUUAAUCACCAAAAUUACCUCCAAACUCAGCUUCAUUUGCACCAGCAAUCUGCAGCUAGUAGUAAUUACUUGCAACAGUCAAGUCAUCAAAACCCACAGUUCUACAAUAGUUAUAUACAAAACAAUCCAGCUUUGCUUCAUGGGCUCUUUAACAUGGGUUCUUCAUCUUCAAUUGUGGAGAACAAUGGAAGUUCUAGUGGAAGUUAUAGUGGUGGGUAUUUGGGAAAUAGUCUUGGAAUGGCUUCAAAUUCCACGGGGUCAAAUGCAGUUGGAUCAGCAGAAGAACUUGCUCUUGUUAAGGUGGAUUAUGAUAUGCAGGCUUCUGGCGGCUAUGGCAAUUGGUGUGGUGAUUCAGUGCAGGGAUCAAAUCCAGGAGUUUUUACAAUGUGGAACGAUUAGGAAAAAAAAAAAAAAAAAAAAAAAA